GGCGCUGCAGCGGCACCAUGCACGGCGCGCUGCGGCUGCUCUGCCUGGGCUGGGCGCUGCUGCCCGCGCUCGCGCACCCGGUGGGCCGCGGCGGGCGCAACCACAGCAGCGACUGGCACCACCUGGGCCCGGAGCCGCCACUCGAGGACGCAGAGGUCGUGCGGCGCUGCGCAGACGAGACGGGUUUUGACGCCGUCACACUGGACGAGGGAGGCACCAUGCUCUUCUUCAAAGGGGACCUUGUCUGGAAGGGCUUCACGGGCCGAGCAGAGCCCAUCAACGCCUCCUGGCCAGACGUUGGAGGCCCCGUGGACGCUGCGCUGCGGAUCCACCAUGUGGCCCGCCAGGACCUGCAUGACAACGUCUAUCUCUUCCGGGGCGAGCGCUUGUGGGCCUAUGCCCAAGGCAAGCUGCGGCCAGGCUACCCCCGGCUCAUCGGGGAGGAGUUCAAAGGCGUGCCCUCGAACCUGGAUGCCGCGGUGGAGUGCCACCCGAAGGAAUGCCAGGCCGAGACCAUCCUCUUCUUCAAGGGUGCGAACGUCUUCUCCUACGACCUGCAAACCGGGCAGGUGAAGCUGCGCUCGUGGCCGGCCAUCUCCCACUGCACGGCGGCCGUCAGGUGGCUGGACCACUACUACUGCUUCCAGAACAUCCACUUCUUGCGCUUUAACCCCGUCACGGGCGAGGUGCCCCCCAACUAUUCCCGGGACGCCAGGGACUACUUCAUGCGCUGCCCCGGAAGAGGCCACGGGCACGCGGCACGGCACAACGCCACGGUCUGGGCUCUCCUGAACCGCUGCAGUGGACACCCCUUCCAGGCCUUCUCGUCAGACGACUCCGGGAGGACAUACGCCUUCCGCGGGGGUCGAUACUUCCGCCUGGACUCGGCGCGGGACGGGUGGCACGCCUGGCCGCUCAACCACACCUGGAAGGGCCUGGAGGGGGAGGUGGAUGCUGCCUUCAGCUGGGAGGACAAGCUGUACCUGAUCCAGGGCCCACAGGUCGUCAUCUACCAGGCCGGCCCGGGCUACGCCCGCAUCGAGGGCUACCCCCGGGCCCUACAGCAGGAGCUGGGCGUGGGGGGCGCCGAUGCUGCCUUCACGUGCCCGCAGUCCCACGAGGCCUACAUCAUCCAAGGCAGUCACAUCCGGCAUGUGGACCUGCGCACGAGCCCUCGCCUCCCGGGGCCACCGCAGCCCAUCCCUCACGACAAAGUGGACAGUGCCCUGUGCACCCGCACGGGAGUGUCCCUGUUCCACGGGGCCGACUUCCACCAUUACGACAACGUCGCGCAGCUCGUGGCCGCCAAAGCCCCCUCCCCUGCCCAGAACAUCGCUGCAGUCUUUUUCCAGUGCCCCAAGGCAGGGGCUGGCAGGGCUGCCCCACACCCCCCCCACCAUGGAUGAAGCCCCCUUCCCUGGUGGGAGCGGCCUGUGCCCAGCCCCCCCCAUGCUGUCAAUAAACCCCAUGCUUGGGCCCCACGCUGCA